AUGGCACACGUUGAAGGCGAGGAUGUGAGCUGGGUCGGUGAGGAACUACAAGACUGGCAACAAGCAAUUUAUCAUAUGGACGACGUAAACUGGAUCCUUCAUCCGCCCCUCAACAAAGGUCGUGAAGCUAUGGCAUACUUGACUUUCAUCAUCGAUCAUUAUAACAACCUGCCAGAAAUCAUGGUAUUCCUGCACCCUCAUCUUGAGGGUUGGCCGAAAGCAUGGCACACGGACGCAGAUGACUAUAACAACGUCAACUCUGUUCGGAGUCUUCGUCUGGACUAUGUCCGCGAGCACGGCUAUGCUAAUAUGCGAUGUCUGUACAUCCCUGGCUGCCCUGAUGAGGUCCAACCAUUCCGAAAUGACCCAGAACGAACCCAUGAGUUGGCCUUCGCCGAUGCGUAUACAUACUUUUUCGGGGGGAACUAUUCUACCGUCCCUCAUACCGUCGGAGCAGCAUGCUGCUCACAGUUCGCUGUCUCCAGAGACCAAGUCCGAGCAAGAACAAGGAAGGACUACACACGAUAUCGAAAGUGGCUUGUCGACACAGAUCUUCCAGAUGACAUCUCAGGACGAGUGUUGGAGUAUAUGUGGCACCUCAUCUUUGGAAAGGAUCCGGUCUGGUGCCCCGACCAUAUCCAAUGCUGGUGCGAGCAAUUUGGACGAUGUGAAGCGUAA